AGUCCACAACUCCGGUUUGUUCGUAUUGCACAAGCAAAAGAAGAAAAAAACGUGCCACAAACGCCACUCCGCUGCGUGCAUCUUCAACCGCGACCGUCCUGAAUCAGCGGUGCCCGCCGCCGACUGAUAUGAGUGUACGAGGACAAUGGAAACUUAAUCAGACCUGAGAUCAGCGUUUGAAAGGCGUUCCAACAACCACCUGCGGGGCCGAGCGGAGCAGCAGACCCCUCUCGCUCUCCGGGGGACGUAAGCGUCUCCACGAGAACGGAUGACUGCCGUGACUUUAAGGGACCCGACCGAGACGGACCUUCGUCGUUUGAGAGGAACUGUGCCUGAGGUCAGAGAAGUAGAGAAAUGGCGCUAAAGCCGCCGCCGCGUUUCGACCGCCGCGACCUGAAGCGAGUUAAUUUACUUGAAAGUGUCGCGUGUUAGCCUCUCAGCCGUUAAUGAACGUCUUUUACUACCAGCCCGUUCGUUCAUGGAAAGGUUAAAGAAAGAAAACUACGAUUACACAGGUGUUGUGAUUGAUUUAUUUUCCCCAUGGAAGUCUGCGCAGUCUUGGGUGUGUCGGUGCGCAGGUGAAUUGCUCGUGAUCUUCAUACAACCGUGUGUCUUUCAGCCCUCCUCGGCUUCGUUUCUAUGGUCUGUGCCAUCCAUCUCGCCAUGGACGGCCCGCUGAGCGGGGCCAGUAAAGGGGCCCGAGCCCUCCACUCUGAACAGACCUCGACACGUCAUAGAAGCCGCUCGCUGUCUUUGCCCCUGUGUGAGUAACUGUUGGGGAAACAAUAAAGCUGAAACUCCUCUUCGUUUGAACAAAAGAGCCAUGCGUCCGCUGCUGCCCCUCUGCGUCAUGUGGCUGCUGCCCCUGGCUCGGACGCUGGAGGGAGACUCGCCACUGGACCGCGUCCCCCGUAGAUCUGUUCCCUACCAUCGGGACAACGCCCACCUGUUUCAUGAGGAGGGGGUGUUCAACUACUCCACCAUGCUGUUGAGGGAAGAUCUGGACCUGCUCUUGCUGGGUGCCAGGGAGGCGGUGUAUGCUCUUGACCUAAAGGACAUCUCAAAGAAACUUGCUUCAGUGAAGUGGGAAGUGACCCAACAGCAAAAAGAUGAGUGUGGAUACAAAGGAAAAGAUCUUGAGACUGAGUGCAAGAACUAUAUCAGGAUCCUGCAUCAGACGGAGGAUGAUAGGAUGUACGUGUGUGGAACCAAUGCUUUCGAUCCCGAGUGUGAUUACAUGUCCUACGCAGAUGGGAAGCUGACUCUUGAGAAGAAAAGGGAGGAUGGCAAAGGGAAGUGUCCUUUUGACCCUUUCCUGAGAUAUGCCUCCAUCAUGGUUGAAAACAACCUCUACACGGCCACUUCCAUUAACUUUCUGGGCUCUGAGCCCGUCCUGAUGCGCAGCUCCCCCGUCUCCAUCCGCACGGAGUUCAAGAGCUCCUGGCUUAAUGAGCCCAACUUUGUGUCCAUGACUCAGAUGCCAGAGAGUCACAUGAGCGAGGAGGGAGACGAUGACAAGGUGUACCUGUUCUUCAGUGAGAUGGCCGUGGAGUGCGACUGCUACAACAAAAUGUUGGUUUCUCGCGUGGCUCGUGUCUGCAAGGGGGAUCUCGGAGGUCAGAGGACCUUGCAGAAGAAGUGGACGUCCUUCCUGAAGGCCAGGAUGGACUGCCCGGUGCUGGAGUCUCAGCUGCCGUACAUUAUCCAGGACACUUACCGCUUGUGUGACCCACAGCAGGACUGGAGGGGCUGUUUGUUCUACGCCAUCUUCACACCACAGUCGGACAAAUCCGACCUGUCUGCAGUGUGUGCGUACCGCGUGUCUGACAUCAGCAGAGUGUUUGCGGAGGGGAAGUACAAAACCCCCGUCCCCGUAGAAACCUCCUUUGUUAAGUGGGUGAUGUACAGCGGAGAUGUCCCAGUCCCUCGGCCCGGAGCUUGUAUCGACAAUGCGGCUCGUAAAGCGAACAUAACUAAGACCCUGGACCUUCCAGACCGGACCCUUCAAUUUAUCAAAGACAGGCCCCUCAUGGACCAAGCUAUCCAGCCAAUAGGAGAGAAGCCUCUUCUGGUGCGGAGGGGAGCUCGGUUCACCCGCAUCAUAGUCAACCAGGUGCAGGCAGCCGACGGAGAGCGCUACAGCGUGAUGUUCAUAGGCACAGAGGAAGGCACGAUGCUGAAAGCGGUGAACUACGAUGGAGAGAUGUUCAUCAUAGAGGAAGUGCACCUCUUCCAGACCCCUCAGCCAAUCAAGAUUUUGACCUUUUCUAAUCUCACGGGUCAGCUCUACGCAGGCGCCGACUACGGAGCAGUUCAGAUGCCACUGGCCAGCUGUGGGAGGUCCUCGUCCUGCAUGGACUGUGUUCUCGCCAGAGACCCGUACUGCGGCUGGGACACGGAUGUUAGGAAAUGUGUCUUCCUGUCUAAUUCACAAAGAGGACUCAUCCAGAGUGUAAAGAAGGGAGAUGCCUCUCUCUGCCCCGAUGCUGAUCCUGUGAAGCCUAUGAAUCGGUCCAUCUGGCCGAGGGGGAACCUGAAGCUCCUCUGCCCAUCGCCUUCCAACCUGUCGAAGACCAGUUGGGAGAGGGAUGGCCACCCUGUGAUGGCGUCUACGCGCUUUCAGCUUCUGCAAGACGGACUGCUGAUCCUCAACGCCACAGACUCGGACAGCGGGCGGUACCGCUGCCUGUGUGUCGAGCUCUCCAAAGCCGGCAGGUACACGGCCACGGUGGCCGAGUACCUGGUCAGCGUGGGUCCAGCAGGAUCUGGCAGGGGGAACGUGAUUUCACCCCAGGCCCGUAUGGACGGCCCCUCUGUGGCCGGACUGCAGGCCAUCGUCGGGCUCCUUGUCGUUUCUCUUCUUGCCCUUUUGACGUGGAACUUUUACAAAGGCCACCUUCCGCUGCCCUGGAACUGCACGAAGAAGAAGAAUGAAGAGCCAGCCCAGGAGACCGGUGAGCCGGAGGCAGAGAGGUCAGCGCCGGCAGAGGACAAGCCCCUGGUGUCCGGAGCCAACAACGGCCGGAGCAACAACCACACGGGGGAGGGGGGGAAGAGCGACGGCCCAAAGGUUUCUCUUCCAGCGCUCCAGUAUAUUGAUGACGAGUCAGAGGUUUGAAAAUGUCAACCUGAGAAAUGAACAGUGACCCAAACUGUUUGUGGGCAGAACUAUUGGAUUCAUCAGUUCGGCUGCAAUGAGUUGAAAUCUCAAUGUGACAAUAAAACAUUCCGAGUGGCUGAAGCCACCAAAAGAU